UGUUUGCUUCUCUCAUGUUCUCCUCCGUGCAGGUUUCCAGGAUGUGCAUGUGAUGAUCUUCAUCGGCUUCGGCUUCCUCAUGACCUUCUUGCAGAGAUAUGGCUUCAGCAGCGUGGGCUUCAACUUCCUGAUUGCAGCCUUCGCCCUGCAGUGGGCGACGCUCAUGCAGGGAUUCUUCCACGGCAUGCACGGAGGCAAGAUCCACAUCGGAGUGGAGAGCAUGAUCAAUGCUGAUUUCUGCACCGGCUCGGUGCUCAUCUCAUUUGGAGCCGUGCUGGGUAAAACCAGCCCGGUCCAGCUGCUGGUCAUGGCCAUGUUCGAGGUCACGCUGUUCGCUGUCAAUGAGUUCGUCGUGCUGUCUGCUCUCGGGGCCAAAGACGCCGGAGGCUCCAUGACCAUCCACACGUUUGGAGCCUACUUCGGCCUGAUGGUGACCCGGAUCCUCUACCGGCCCAACCUGGACAAGAGCAAACACAGGAACAGCUCCGUCUAUCACUCCGACCUGUUCGCCAUGAUCGGUAAACAACACGCAAACAGUAGUCUGCCAUCUAGUGGUUGUGACAUGAACUGUCACCAUGAGCUCUGCGAGUGCACACAUUGA